AUGGGUGCAGGUUUAGGAAAUCUAUUGGCAAGGUCAGCACUGGACACAGCUGCAUAUCAUACAAAGCCUCCCAGAUAUACAUGUGGGAAAGCAACAGCUUGUCCUAAGAAGCAUUUUGCAUUUAAAGUAACAAGUGGGGCAGGCAAUAUGGUGGUACCAAAAAUCCGCCUAGAAGACUAUGCUUUAGUGAGUGGUGUUAAGAACAGUGUUGGAAGAGGGAUCAAAGUUGCCUUGGCAAAUGGGAAAACAGGAGAAAGAUUAGACGCUAAAUAUUUUGACAUGUGGGGAGGAGAUGUGGCACUAUUCAUUGAGUUUCUGAAGACCGUACAAAAUGGUACAAUAGUUUUAAUGGGAACAUAUGAUGAUGGAGCAACCAAAUUCGAUGAUGAGGCACAGUGGCUCAUUGCCAAAUUGGGGAGUAUAUCUGUUGUUAAUCUUGGGUCCAGAGACAACUGGGUCUUCUGUGGUGGAAAAGGCAUUAAGAAAAAAGGCCUUUUUAGCAGCACAUAA